AUGGCAGAUCCCAUUGGUACCAAAGGUGGAGCGGAGCACAGGGGUCGUGCUGGUUUUGAUCUCUUGGAGGAGUUCCGUGUGUCCGAAUCGAGAGGAGUGAAGCGAGUGGAAGGCUCAGAACCCGAGACGGUGGCUUACCGCGUCAACCCCACCAUCCAUCUGCAGAAGACCAUGAGAGACGUUUAUCCAGAUGGUCUUCCCUCUGACUAUUCCGUCAUUGCAACCUUUAAGUUGACCAAGGACAUGGUUAAGAAAUCGUGGAACCUGUGGCAGGUCAGCGCCCCAGAUGGUCAGGAACAAGUGGGCCUGCGUUUCCACGGCAAUACCCUCUCGCUGGACUUCUUCUACAUCAGCCCCAGUGGUAGCCAGAUGCUGAGGACCUUCCACGGCGUGGGGAAGCUGUUUGAUGGCGAGUGGCACAAGUUGGCGCUGAGUGUUAAGGGCAGCAUGGUUAAACUGCUGGUAGACUGUGAGGAGGUCAGUGUGGAGUCCAUUGACGAUCCAAUGCCAAUCAUCCGCAACGGGUACACCUCCAUUGUCAAGCGAGCCGCGAGGGACCGCUCUGUCUCAGUGGACCUGCAGCAGAUGGACGUGUCAUGUGACCCAGAGAAAGCCUAUUCCGAAGGCUGCUGCGAGCUCUCCAAUGUUUGUGGAGGCUAUGCAGAGAUCGGUCUGACAGCCGGAAGAGCGUCUUGCAAAUGCAUGCACGGACAGCCGGGCAUCCAGGGACGUCCGGGGCCACAGGGCCACAGAGGUCUUCACGGAAAAGACGGUGAUCGAGGGAGACAAGGAAACUGGGGCAUCAGGGGAAACACAGGAGACUAUGGCAACCUGGGUGAGCCAGGCCCAAAGGGUGAGAUGGGAAGCAAAGGCGAGAAAGGAAUGAGAGGACUCAGGGGCCCUGUGGGAGAGCGAGGUCCUAAAGGGCUAAAGGGAUUAAAAGGGGCAGCAGGCUUCAAGGCUGUUCGUGGACCCUCUGGAGACAUCGGACAGACUGGGAGGCAGGGAGAAGUUGGUAUGAAAGGCGAAAGAGGAUAUGAAGGGAUUGACGGGUACCAAGGAGUAAAGGGCGAGAAAGGGCGCACCGGUCCAGAUGGGAACCUUGGGUCGCGGGGAGAGCCGGGUAUUGUAGGAGAUCCAGGAGAGAGUGGGGCUGCUGGACAAAAGGGGAAGCCCGGAGUCACUGGACCUCAUGGUAAAGAUGGCACCAUCGGACAAAAGGGAAUUGUUGGAGAUCCUGGAAUACCAGGUAGAGAUGGAGAUCCUGGAAUAGAGGCCUAUCAAGGACCACAAGGUCACCAUGGAAAACUUGGACAAAUUGGCUCAAAGGGGGAGAGAGGCAGCCUGGGAGUACCAGGAGAAAUGGGCCCCCAAGGUCGAACUGGUCUAAGAGGUUACAAAGGCUCUGCAGGGAAACCAGGAAGACCAGGAUUUAUUGGACCACCAGGACCUAAUGGACAUGUGGGAGUGGCCGGAAAACAAGGAAGCAAGGGUGACACAGGAAUCCCGGGAAUUCAAGGAGUCAAAGGAGCACAAGCGGAAAAAGGUGUCAAAGGCCCAAAAGGAAGGGUUGGAGACAGAGGUCAGUCGGGUCCUCAAGGAGGACGGGGCAAGCGCGGCCCCGCGGGCACGACUGGACGCUCGGGUCCCAUAGGAAUCAAAGGUGUGCAAGGUGAAGGAGGACCAGAUGGCUUUCAGGGGUCCCCAGGUCCCCCAGGUCCGACGCUGGCGGCUCAACAUGUGAUCGAGGUCUGUAAGAAAGUGGUGCUGGAGCAGAUGUCCACCUUUGCCAACUCAAUCAAGAGGACGUGUGCCGCAGUAUGUCCUCUCUACGGGGAUGUUCCCAUGGGUGCCCCUGGUCCACCUGGACAGAAAGGCCCAGCUGGACCUCCUGGUGAUCCUGGAAGAAACGGCGAUACUGGAGAAGUUGGCCUGCCAGGAUUUUAUGGUGAAGCUGGAGAUGCGGGUCAGCAAGGAGGGCCAGGUGAGAGAGGAGAGCAAGGUGAUAAAGGAGCCAAGGGUCAUGGCCUACUUGGCUACACUGGAGAGCAGGGAAACAUGGGUCAGCGCGGACGUCCCGGGCGGGUCUUUAACGGACAACCAGGGAAGCUCGGUGAGCGGGGACAAACGGGCCUGCCUGGAAUCAGAGGCCAUGCAGGUCUCAGAGGACCCCCGGGUGUCUGCCUCACCUCUGGGUGUGCUCUGCUCACUUCAACAAGUCCAGCACCUCAGGUUGCUCCUCAGGCUGCACCCCCGCGAAGGUUGAGAAACCGCCAGUAAUGGAAAAGAGCCCAGGUGGACAGUUGACUAUUGAAAGGACCAAAAAGUCUUGGAUUCAUUUUUAUGUUCAUAUGUUUUCAGUCAUAUAAAUAGAAUUUUUAAUGUAAAUAUUCUUUGUAACUGAGGCUCUUUUUUUU